GCACCUGAUCGCUAUCUACGCUAUCCUGUGACCAGAAGCACAGACUAUGCAGUCGUACGGAGUUGUGUUGAUGAUGUUAUACGAUAGGGUCCGUGAGACCGAGAGAUCAAGCUCAAGAGUCAUAAUCAAGGACAACCCACCGUUCAUUCUCGUAUUUAACCUGGUCGUCGCUUAAGUGUCUCCUCUAUUCAUCGCCAUUCACAGCCUGCUCGAAAGUUAUGUCUCAGGCCACACCGAAACCAUCCAGUCCUGACGACAAGGAGUAUGUCGGCGGGUGCCACUGCAAGAAGUUCCGGUACAAGUUCUACUGGCGCUCGUUCGAUGACGGCACCCACGCAGUGAGCGACUGUAACUGCAGUAUCUGUGUGAUGAAAGGGCUGCUAUACGUGUAAGUCGUGCC